AUGAGGUUAUUCGCAAUUUUUGCAGCUCUGUUGUCUCUCCAGCUGUGUCUUAUCUUGGCCAAAGGUCAGUACGUUGCUUAAACGGAAGCUUCACAUUUUUGCUUGAACGAUUAUGCUUGAAGGCACAGACUGUUCAGGCUUCACCCAACGGUAUCGAAAGCAGAUGACUUGUUCUGGUUCAAAGAAAAUUUAAGUGUAUUCCUUCUUUAAAAUUACCCGUAUGUUUGUUUAAAUCCAUUUUAGCUGGUAAUGUAUUGGAAGUACCAACUGAACUUGCCAACUGUGAUGGACCUAAAUUUCUCGCCUGUUUGUCUUUCUAUGCUUCACUGGAUGCAUCAACUUGACAUAGAAGCGUUUAGUAACGCUUUGAAAAGGGUUUCAUUCCAUGAUUGCCCUAUGUUGUAUCCCUGCUUAAGAUCAUUAUCACGAAGGGCGCUUUCGUAACUAUGUUUUUUCGUUAGGAAUGAAUCUGUUACUUUUCGUAAAAAACAUGUAUCAUAUUUCCACCUGUAGCAGACCUCCGGCUUCCUAAAUGUGUCAAGAUAGUUUCUAUUAACACCCCUCUUGACGAUCCAACAAGAGCGGCGGAGAAUUAUGGUGUGCGAGCUGACAAAAGGAGAGCAAUGCUGACUGACAAACCAGGAAUCUUUCGGAUUCGUGAGGGGCUCACAGAUGAGAAGGGAACAGUAUCUUUGGAGGCACUGUUUCACCCCAGGUUUUACCUGCGCCACAAAAACUACCACUUCCAUUUGGAGAAGGAGGUCAACAAUUCAGUGUUCUGUAAGUGCAAAUUGCGUUGUUGAACUGUUCAUUCGGUAUAUUUGUAAAUGGUAAGGCAAAACAACUGAAAUAAUUUUUACGACUGACAUGUUAGCCUGUUUAAUGCAUUUGUUAUCAUUCGCGGCCAACAUAACCCACCUGGAAUGCCGACGAAGCUUUUAAAUUGCAAGCACGCUAGUAAACAUGUAAUGAUGAAAGAUGUUAAGCGUCUCGUCACAAAUGUACGACAAAGAACAAAUGUGGCACAAAUAUUUUCAUUGGGGCUCGAUUCCUAAAGAGGAAGUGCUAGAUUAUUUUCUUUGACGAGGCAAAUACCAGGUUUUUUUACUUCAUGUCCGUGCUCAGAAGUUACCAACUUAUCGAUUUACCCAUAAAGACAUUUAGUUACGAAUCCACGCAUUUACAGUCUUCUCCUUAGAAAAAAAUGACGGCUACAUCGUCACUUGUUCUGAGGUUGGCGAUAGAUCAGAGAUCAGCUUACCCUAACAACAGUAUGACUUGUGAUUAACAUAACCUUAAUGAGGUGUUUAUGAAAACUUCAUGAUCGCAGCUGUUUUUUUCGUUUUCUAGAAUAAUGAUUAGGUCGAAACAAAAUUAUUUUUCACAUCCUUCUGUCGACCAAGUCAAACGAGUCAUAUUCAACUUGUCAUCGUAAUACUGUAACUGGGUUCUUUUACAGAUUCUGCAUUACGUCUUUGGCCGACGUGGGAAUCAAUAAAUAUUAUUACAUCCAUUUUGAGAUCACUGGUGAUCCUUAUAAACUGAUUGGCUCUCAUUAGUGCGAUUUAUUCAUGAAAGGCAUCAUUUUUUGCUCUAAAUCGCUUCUUUUUCCUGGCAAACGAGGAAGCUUUUAAAGAGAUCAAUCAAAUUGCAGGUAAAAAGAAAACAGGUUUUGCAACUUUCUACAAAUUAGCUCAAUUGAAUCAACAAAACAUUGUUUUGCGAUUUCAAAAUGGAAGUAAUAAAGUAGAGAUUGAACUUCGUGUGUUACAAUUUGCGAUUUCAAAUGAAACCUUGCCACGCACUGGUUUGAUUUUGAAAUCCAAAUGAUUUUAGACAAAAUUUCACUACACCCAGUUCAAUUACCAUUAUAUAGCAGGAGAAAGUUAUAGUUAGCAGGCGGCCAGAAGUUGCCCAAAUAAUCCAUUCCUUGUACAACGGUGUUGUAACGAAACUACUGAUAUAUUUUCACAGAUAAGGAUGCAACUUUCUUCAUUUUGAAAGUCACAGAACACCCAACCCUUUAUGCGUUUGAACUAUACAGUCAUCCCACGUGGUUCAUGCGACAUUUGAAACACAAGCCUUACACAAUGGUUCUCAGGAAAGUUAAUGAGUCGAGUAAAGACGUGUUGGACUCCACUUUCUUUCUUGCCCCUCAUCGUUGUUUUCCAAAGCAGGGAAAUGGUAAUCAUCAGUCUGUUUUCCUUUUUAGAUAAUUCUUAUCUUUGAAAUGAUCGUCAACAACAUUAUCCACAGGCCAUUACGCAGAGGAUGAGGUAUUCAUUAAGUACAAAAACUAGAGAUUUUAUGUGUGCUUCACAAAGCGGACACUGUAAUUUAAUUCAUGGACAGAGUUAAUGUUUCAUCACAGUCGAUAAACAAAUAUCAGGAAUCUUUUCAGCUGUCUUUAAGUCUCCUCGGUCAAAAGUAUGUACAUAUUAUUCAUUUUCGCCAUAUACUUAGCAACGGGCUAUAGAAACUGCAAAAGAGAAUAUAUUACUUGCAAAAUAGAGAUGCGUUGGAAAAUAUUUAGAGUCGUAAAUGAUUCAAACUGUAAUUUGACAUAGAUAGAAUAUUUACCUCAUCGGAGUUUCAUAAUAAUUUUUUUUUUAAGAUGACCUUCGAUCAACGGAUAAAUUGUCUUAAGCUUUUUUUUCUUUUAGAAUACAUGUCCCAUCAUAUAGUUUCAAUUAUUCCUUUUCCUCUUCUCGUGACUAUAAAAUGAAUUAUUGUUAGAUAGUUGAUAAAGGUCAUCUUUAUGAAUUCUAGAUAGCAAUGCUGAAAAAAAGACGGUUUUAGUUGGAGACGGGACAUUCAUAGGUGAGUUUUCUUGAUCAGUUGUUAUUCGCGGUUUGCUUUAUUUAGGCUGAUUUCUUUGAAAUCUUUCUUAGCAAAAGAUUUUGGCACACCAAACUUUGGAAUACCUAUUUCUACCUGAAAUCUAUUCAUUUCUCCCUUUCUUUCCGACUGUUGUUAGACACUGCGGAUGAAGAUGCUGAUAUUGCGACUGCCAAAGCCAACGAUUUAAACGCUGGUAAGAAUUGAACGUUCCAUUGUGAGAAAUUCUUCCUUUUUUACAAGGGAAUUUUUUUGUUAACUUUAUAUUUGUCGUCCUUCAUGUUGCCACGUGCAGAGGAUUUUGAGAAGGCGUAUUUAUCAAAGGAAAAAGGUAAGGAAAGCCAUAACAGUUGUUUUACGUGUUAAUCUUUCACAAGAAUUGAGACCACUCGCUUUUUCCUGUCUGCGAAACUUUCAUCAAAUUAAUGCGAGUCGUAGUCAUUGCAAACAAAGAGUCGUGGUCUUGAGCUACCUUCGAGCAUCCGCCAUCUCUCCAUGUGAUGUUACGUUAAUCUGCGAGAAAUAAUCAUAAAAAAAAACCUCCGAUAGAACUUAAACAUGGCAAUGAUAGCUCUGAUUGGCUGAGAUGAUAUCAAACAAAUCCUUUCUUGCUUUCUUUUCGAGCUCGGCCGAAUAAUUUAAGGAUGUGAAAGCAUCAAUUUUUUACAUGUAACAGAGUAGUGAGUCGUUCAUACAUCAUCAGAGCAGGUAAAUAUCGGUAAAAAUAAACUCAGCUUGGAGUAAUGAGGAUUGUUUUCCUCGAUCCAGUAAAAAAAAAAAAAAUUAACAGGUCAUUGUCAUUGGCUUUAGAUAGUCAAUUUUUAUUUGCUUCAGACUGAAUCAGAUGACUGGCCAAAAAAAAAUCGUUUACUCGUUUUGAAAUUCAAUUAUAAAUAACUGAGUGGUUUCGUAAAGUAGCUGUCCCAUAAUAUACGGUGAUUGUAUACUAUGUCACUUUUGCCAUGUUUAUCGAAAAAUAAAUAUUCAUGUUUCUCAAUCUGAUCAUUUUUCCUUAAGAUGAAAAAGACGACUCGAUUGUAAUACACACUGAAGGUAACUGUUAAAAGAACUUUAGAUGUUUUUGGCACUUUGAUACUUGCAAGGAGUUUUACAGUGUUUAAAUACCGUUAUUAUGUAAUUCACAGAUGAUAAGACGGAUGAUGGGGAUGAUAAAAAGCCUAUUAAAAUACACACAGAAGGUAGAUAAAUUAUACCCAUUCAUUCUUUAAUGGGCUUUUUAUUGGAUCUUGAUUAUGCCUAUUGUUAUAGUUCAGAUUUCGAGCUUUUCAUGAAAUACUAUCCAUGAUGAAUUAAAAUUCAUAUUAGAGCUCUUGUCUAACUGCUUCGUCUCCAAAUGUCUGGUGGGUAUAUAAUCUUCCGGCUUUGACAAAUGAGUUACUUUCACGUUUUCUCAUAGCAGAUUCCUCCGAAGAAAGCCAGGAAGAAAUUCUAAAGGAAAUCGAGGACGGUACGUUAAUUUCUCUCAAAAUAAUGAUAAAUAAACACUCACUCAAGAGAGCUCCUCCUUAACAGCUUCGCUCUAAAAUUCGUCAAGGCAACCAUUACAACUCUAGGAUUUAUUUGACGGAGCACAAAGCCCUAGGUCUUUUUCCCUCCUCGAUGUACCCAUGAUGCCGCUGUAAAUUUUGCAACUUCAGUCGUUUUUAAAUUUGUACAAAAUUUGAGACUUAGCUCUGGAGCAGAGCAGCCAACUUACCGAUAAAGACCGCCGAAACGCAGUCUAUAGACCCAAUACGAUACACAUUUCCAUAAAUACUUCUCAAUUUAUUCUCAGCUUUUAGAACUGCCCAGAAUACAAACAAUUCUACGUACCUCGAGAAAAUAGAGAAAGACAUCGAGGAAAAAGUGAACACCAUCGCGGAGAAAGCUUCAGAUUAUUUAAAUAAGCCGUCAAUUCACACUAGAAAGAAAAAUAAUGGCAAAACAAGUGCUGUUCACGAUAUUGAGAUUCAUACCGAGUCAGAUAAACCGGACAACACGAAAAAUAUUGACCCUGAAAGCGAUGUUGAUCAACCAAGCCAUGAACAGGACUCAAUACACAACUCUUCAGAGGACAAUAAAACGGAAAGAACACAAAGGGUAGAAGUCCUGGGUCCUGUGAUUGAUCUUACGAAGCCUAUGGAUCAGAACGAUGAAACAGAUAUUGACAAGGAGAUUGUAGUGACAGGACAACCCAAGUUGAACGGAAAACUUACAAUAGACACAACAUAUCAGUAUAGCCAUCCUCCCAAGCUGAAGAACAGGGAAAAAGAGAGACACAAAGAGAAACUUGCCGGGUUUAGUAUUGAUGACGUUAUUACCCCCAAAACCCGUUCAAACAGAACGUCUAAAAAGACUCCAUUGCACCUGCAUGUUGUGCGGAACAAGGCUUACAAGGAUUUAACAGUGGCAAACAAAGCUCUGAACUCGAAUAUUGAGAAAUUAAGGAAUGUUCUGGAGGCAAUUGAGGAUGUUCCAAGCGAUACCAAAGCAAGUGAAAAAGGAACUGUUAUUGUAAAGAAUAUGCAUCCAAAUGAAUUAUACCAUCAACAACAUUUAAACAAAAAUAAACGUCCAAGUCUGGCGCUUAGUGGAACUCCAGAGGUCCACCAGAACCCUCCUUACUUGCCUCAGACUCCAUCGGACUUGAAGGUGCUCAAGUCGCAAUCAACUGUACAGACAACUGUAACGGAGUUGCCGCACUCUCCGUUCACAACAUCAGCUGCUGACGAAAAAGCGUCUACGCCGAUUCAGAACUCGAGAGCAAAGGCUUCUCCCUUGAAGAACAACAGCGUAAACAAAACGCAGUUGGCAACGGUGGAUGUUAAUCCCCAGGGGGCAAAUACUAUCCCACCAACAAGCACCCCAGGAUUACACGUGAUCCAAGGCACUAGAGACCUACCCAGUGGUAAAGCUGGUAACAACUUGUCUUACGAGGUAUUUGAUCACCUGGCCAGUGAACUUGUUGAUCAUGAUACCACAGGAAACCCAACUCCUGUCACCGCCGGCAAAGGCACAAGAAACACUGUGACUGACUGGAUGAAAAAUCUUAAGCCCCACAACGCUUCAUUACAGGAGACGUUUAAUGAGCUGAAUCCCGUGGAUUCUGCUAAGAUAUGUGAGUCUCAUAAAUUUUAUUAUGCAUAUAAGAGUCGUUUGAGCCUCGACGUUUUUAUUUUUAAUUUCAUCCGAUGAUAUGCUAUUGUUCAGGAAGGGAAAGUGCAAUUUAACUUAAUCUUCGUGAAUCUCCGGUUUUUUCCAUUGGUAAUACGUAUGUUCCUUAUUGUAAUUACGUUUUGCACUAGUGGAAAUAGCUCAUGUGUUUCCAAUUUGGAUUACUCAUCUUAAACUCAUUUCCAUAAAAAAUCAAGGAAACUACACAUAAACAGACAUUUUCUUUCCCUAACACAGUAAAUGCCCGAUAUAUUUAAUCAGGUGGUUAUUAGAGUAACUGCUGUUGUCGCUAUUCUCGUUACCUAUCUCUCCCCCAACAAGUGAGAAGCAAUCAGUAAUGAUACGCUACUGUCUUCUAAUGCUAGUUGAUUACAUCACCUUUUGAUUCCAUCCAAUAUCGUGCCUAGCGAGAGUUUCUACGAUAGUAGACAGGGAUAGUACAACAGCCAUGCUUUGAUUAUGAUGGUAAAAACAUACCCUUUGUUCAUGAACAGUUUACCUUGACAAAUGCGAGGACAAGUUCCCCAAAGCCUGUGAAGACUGGGCGGCCCAACGAUAUUGUUUGACUUUCAGCGAGCUGAUGAAGAGAUAUUGUAGAAAGGCCUGCAAACUAUGCAGUAAGUUAUUAUAAGUUAUAAGAAUCCUUUAUGCCAUAAAAUGGAUACAAGUAGAAGCUCAAAGUGUUCCAGGAACGAAACAGAGGGUGAGCGAAGACAUGCGUUAUUUUUGGUUGGAACGCAAUAUAUUUAUCAUCCUCAUGGGCCGAUUUAAGUGAAAGUGGCGCAGUGAUGUAAACAAGACAACACUGCGUUUGAAAUUUCGCAGAUGACCUAAAUUUUUUUCUUAUGACGGGACUAUGUAAAAAUUUAGUUAGCUACUGUGACUGUGAAGUGUAGGUCGCAGUUUGAUGCUUGACUCUGGUGUUGACUUUGACCAAAGAGAACUGGACAAUUUCACAGAACGCAAACAUGUUCUUUGUUAACACAUCUGUGAAUAACCUACUGUGAAUAGCCUACUGUGAAUAACCUACUGUGAAUAACCUACUGUGAAUAACCUACUGUGAAUAACCUAUUGUGAAUAACCUCCUGUGAAUAACCUAUUGUGAAUAACCUCCUGUGAAUAACCUACUGUGUUUACCUCAUAAGGUGAACUUUGAGGAAAAAUUCUCGUUAUGUUAUUUUCAGAUCACGUGUUAGCAACGGGUUUCACAACCUGUGAUAAAACAUGCGGCGGAGGAAUCAGACUGCGCAUGAUCAAAGUGAACAACCGACAAGUGUUGCAGCGAAGGUCGUGCAAUGUGCAAAACUGUCCGGGUAAGGAAGCGGCCAUUUUUUUACGUUUGUAGAAAAAACAUUUGAUCCAGCCCUUUACAGACAAAAAAAAUCGUCUACAAGCGAUAGAAAAAUCUGCCGUUUUGCCAGAGCAUUGCCUCACAAAUUCGUUGAGAGAUCAGUGCUAAUCAUUUCAGGUUUAAAUUUAGGUCAUAAGAGUCUGCUUGAACGCAAAUUUAUCACUUUAAAUUAUCGAUCCCAGGCAACUAUUUUUUUUCAUCUUACAGUUAAUGGAGGUUACACACCUUACUCAGACUGGUCCGAAUGUAGCGUGACAUGUGGUGAAGGAGUACGUUACAGACACAGGUCAUGCACAAGUCCUAAACCUCAGUUCGGUGGACGUGACUGUAGUCAUCUCGGAGCACCAGUUGACACUAUGCCGUGUGUUAAGGGAUGUAAAGGUAAGUAGUUCUGUACCAGUCUCUUUCAACUUAGCAAUAAUAAUGUAGUUAAAUCAACUCUAACGCAGUUGGAUGACGUCAGGGAGGGGAUGACACUUGAAAACUCAUUUUACAUUAACCAAACCUUUCUGUCCCACAUGGCAGAAAGCUUUUGGACGUUUUCUGCAAAAGAAUGCGCGAACUGAAUGUACCCUUUUGGUUGACCAGUACUCCCCACCCCUCCGACCUUACAGUGUCAAACUGACUUGUCCUUGAAACUUAAGCUCAGCAUUAGAGAGUAUUUUGUGAUAAUUUCAAGUUAUUAAGAGAUUUAACUGAAUGUGACUUCAUAAACUGAUCGGCUCUUGCAAUUUCCAGACCACUACUUAGCAAAAUAAUAAAUGCAAUAUAAAUCAGUUAAUGACCAUAUGCAUUGAAUGAAACUGUAAUAGCUAUGAUUUUUAUAUUAUUAAACAAAAGUGUUCAUUUCUAUAUUGUUAUACCUUCACUAGGAUUUAAGCCAAGCAAAUACCAUUCCUCUCUAAAUUCAGGUGCGUUACGUUUCACACACAUCUUCAUAAAAAAAAAAAAUAUUGAAGCUCAACGAAAACUUAACGUUAGACCAGCUUUCCCUUUUGUUAUGAACAAGUACACCUAUCACCUUUGAAAACGAGCUGUUAAAAGUUAAGACGAACGGGGUUUGAUGUACUGAUCGGCGCACGUAGUAAAUUCAUCUCACCCCAAUUUACGUAACUAGAGUGUUGCUAAUUUUAGGACAGUUUGCUCGACCAGAAAACCCCUCUUUUGAUCGUUACCGAAAUGCUUUAACGUUAACCUUUCUUGGAAUUUCUCAUUUAAUAAUUGUUUAAGAUCUGACGUGCAUCACUAUUCAGUGAAAGACAACGUUACAAUCCUCGCGCGUUAUGCUUUUUACUAAAGGAAAUCUUUAUUCUUUUCUAGGACUCAAGAAAAGCAAACAUCAUACUGACCGUCUAAGUAUGCUCUGAUUCUUAAAUCUUCUUGUUAAUUUUCACAAACGCACUUGACAACAUGCAUGAACACUGUCAACAGGCCCUGAGGAGUUUCCUGAAUACCACGCAGAAGAAGCAAAUCCGAAGGCUUCAGACCCUGGUAGGUGAUUGGUUUUGACUAAACUUUCCAAGUAAUAAGCCUAACUGCUUCUGUUCAUGUAGGCCUGAUGGGACCAAUUUCGUAUUUUCGUGCACAACUAACUUCCGUAAAUGAAGUGUCUCGCUUUAAAUGCAGUAACCUUUAAACUUUCUCACACUUGAAGUUCAUUUAAGGGAAAAACGAUCGUACCAUAUUAAGGCAGUUAACUAAAGAGCGAGUGUAAUCACACAAUGGCAAUAUUUUGACAUUUUUGGGAACAUAGAGUAUGGAAGAUUAAGGACAAAGAAAAAACUGUUAACCUAGCCUGUUGCUGUUGGGAAAUUAGUUUUACUCAUUGCAAAUAGACUUCCUCUAUAUGUUAGACAAAGGAACGUCUACGAGUGUCAUAAAAUAAUUUUCAGUUUUCACCAUUUCGGUAACAAAAGGCAAACGAACGUUAAGCUAUGAGCGCAUGUUAAUUAAAGAAUAUGUAUACUGUACACCUCGUGCAUGCAACACCAAGUGGGCGAAAAAGAGGCCGACUUGGAAAACGAAGGGGACGAAGAGGAAGACUCUGCAAGUACAAACGAACCUUCCAAUAACCAAGGUAACAAGUUCUCUCAGAUAAAAUUUUAUCUCGUAAAUUUGAAAUGCGUGAAGAGAUAGGACGACUUAGAUCACCAAUUCAUCGUAUAUAGUCAUGGAGUGAGAGAAAUUUGUAGCGGCUACAGAGGCCUACACUGAUGAAUAAACAAAAGAAGGCCCUUUUUUAGGAGUCCUCCCCUUGUAUAAGCCUUUAAGGAGGUAUUUGUAAAUUCCUUAAUUUCUUGAAAUUUUUACUUCUUUCGGCCUUCGUCAUAGGCUGUAGGCCAUACAUUUGAAGAUCCAAUGUCAGUAGAGUAUAAUACCUUAAAUCAAGUUAUAUUUAUCUGGGCUUACGAUCAUCGGAAAAAGUUAUUACGCGACGGGUUGUUAUGGAAUAAUGCAAAGUGAUAUUUCGCCAUGUAAAGGAAGCCCUGUCAAGCCUUUUUCUGCUUUUUUGUCCGAAAUUGAAAUCAUUUUAUACUUCAAGCAUAUUUACUCACUAGUUUUUCAAAGCUUGUGAAUUAGUUAUGACAAUUUUUCAUGGCAGAUUACGGUCAUGAGUUUGAAUGGCCCAACAAGCACCACCGUCACAAACCAGUUGUCCUAAAACAGGUGCACAAAAACGUCUACAAACACCGAGAUGACUAUGGUAACAAUCAUUAUCUAAACGUCGGUAAGUUGUAACACAAAUGCUAGCUAAAUACAAUUUUACUGCCGUGCCGGUAUUCUACGAUUUUCUCUAUAGCGGAUACAUUUGGUUUGAUUUAAAGACAAUUUCUUAUAGGCACAACCGGACAAAAUUAGAUUUCUCUGAUCCGGUCUUCUUUCUGUCACCAACACUGCACCAAUCAUUAGCACCGCCAUGGUAAUCAUCUAUCCACGGCAUCUUUCUGGGAGAAAAUCCAAGUUACAAAAGGUUAAAAUAGAAUAAACGUUCACUGAAUCUCUGGUUCUUCCAUCUCUGAGAAAGCAACGUUUUUCUCGGUCGAAUGUAAACAAACAACAUAAGUAGGCGAAAGUGUCUGCGUCAGUUUCUGAUGUCAAGGUUAGAGUCUUGUGAUGUGAUCGGCUGAUAAAGGAAAAUCACACGCGCCACGCAUGAAUACAAAAUGAAGUGCAAAGGGGAAGAGGAAGAGAAAAGUUGUUAUUUAUAACAUAGCUAGUAAAUUUGUGUAAUCAAUUCAAUUGCGCGAGCGUGCUUCAUAUUCCUAUUGUGCACGCUCAUGACGUCAGCAAACAAAUCCCUCGAGAAAAAACAAAUUUUCUAUCGGGUUGAAAAUGUUAUAAAACAAUUGGUUCAUACGUCAGCUGUGCGUUCAUCGAGAUAUGAAGCACUUGGGAAGUUUGGAGAGCACUCAAGAAGCUAGAGGCUACGCCUCGAGCAACUCUUACGCAUCUUUCGUGCUCUCCAAACUUCCCGCGUGCUUCAUAUCUCGAUGAACGCACACUGACGUAUGAAUCAAUUGUUAAAUGAAGUGCAAAAGGGAAGAGGAAGAGAAAAAUUGUUAUUUGAAAUAUAAAACCUAAAAAAACUUAACAAUGACGAUGACGAUAACAUAAUCGGCACCAUGACAAUGAUAACGACAACGAUACCAAUUUAAUGAUUGUCAAUGUCAGUGUUCCUGUAGCAAAAAUUCAUCGCCCUCCUUGUAACAAACAAAAUUUCACCUAAAGGGAAGUAAGAUAACGAUUUCACGGUUAUCAGACUUCCUGUUUGUAAAAAAUUCAUUCUCGAAAAAAGAGGCUAAAGUUCAAACUCCGUAGAAAAUAUGUAUUAAACUUGUAAAGGAACAUCAGCAUUUAGCCAAAACAAAAAUUCCGAAACUUUUUAAAAUUCCAAACAAAGUGUAACAAACUUGCGCGAACGAAAGCUCAAAACAAAGAAAAAUUACGCUUUGCAAUGUCAAGGUCAGAGUUCUUUGACGUGAUUGGCUAAUUUGUGUAUUCACGCGUAGCUCGCGUAAAUACGAAGAAAAUACAAAGAGGGACGGGAAAAGAUAAAUUUAAAAACGAAAGAGAAUUUGUACUAUGUUUUUUUUUUUUUAAGAUGAGGAGCAGAGUCCAUAUGAUCAACUUCAAACUCACGUGGUGCGAUACCAAGGCCGCCAAGGUCAGAAGCUUCAGACGCUACCCCUCUCUCUAUAAAAGAUGUUUUUUAAUGCAAACUUGCCCACAGCCAUUAGUCUCGUUUGUACCAUAAUAUUAUUUAUAAAGUAAUAUGGCUGGACGGACUUUAACAGUCAGCUGCAGAACCAUCUAGCAGGCCAAUACAAUGCCUAUACAAGGCCAAUUUAGUUUGGCCUUGACUUCAUAGCCGACGGUACUCUUCGUCAUUUAGUGCAAUAAGUCAAUUGAAGUCCAUUCUUAAGAUAAACAUUACGUACCGAUUUUGCAGAGUCAAGAAGACUGAUAAUUUCAGCUCAGUGACAUCUUUUAGACUACUAGAAAUACCUCUUACCAACCUUUGAUGUUCUUUCAGUGGCAAAAAUGCAGUGCAGUCCCUCAAGGCUGCUUAAUUUCCAAAAACAUCCUUCUAAUAGUCCCAUGGCGUUUAAAAGAUCUAAUCCGUACAAGCUCUUUGACGCUGGUGGGAUUGUUUAUGAUAAAGAUGGUGUACCCAGUGACACUACCACGAAUGUCGUUCAAGCUUUUGACUCGUAAGUUAUUUCAACUGAUUUAAUUAUGCGAGUGAUUAAACUUGUUCUUCUUAGUUAUGGGAAAUCGAGCUCUCCCCAACCAAAGGGGAUGCCAACAGGGAUUCCUCCCAAGUGAUAUUUGUAUCUUAGGAAUUAGCCCUUACAUCUCUUAAAACUAUUCAAUUUUUGCAAUCAAGUGAUAAAAUUAGUUGAGACAAGACAUCCAUGUAUCCACUUAAGAUCAAGUAUUGACUGGAUGAAAUUUAAAUUGAAAUGCAGAUCAUACAACACCCCAUUCCCCCACUGUACAAUCACGAAAAACAAAGUAAAGCAUUGCACAGGGGAAUUAGCAAAUUAUUAGGGAUAAUUCAUUCGCUAUUCUAGCAUAUUUAUUGUGAUUUUAAUGAUAAUGUCUGAAAAAUUGUGUCGCCGAUUGAAGCAUCGUUAUUAUGGACUAGACAUGAAUGUGAUCAGUUUGUAACUGAUGUUUAACAGGGAUUUAGGGCAUGGAAAAAACAUACUGAAAAGGCAAUCUUUUGUCAAAUAGUUAUGGUCGUGAAUUGAAUAAAUUUUUUUUUAUAGAUGACUGGAAAUGGAAGGUUUGCUCAAAUUUUGUGGAUUGUGUAGCACUAGUAAAAAAUCUAAAAUCGUUUCCUUUCCUUCGUAGACCUUACAAAAUAAUUCUUCAAAAAGGCAAAAACAACCAAAUGAAAGUGUUAGAGCAGUGCAUUGAGUCAGGUAGGCCAGAUGUUAUCUAUUUUCAGGCAGCAAGAAGUUAAAAAUAACUUCAGAAUUUUUGAUAGCAUUCUUAGGUUUGGAGACGAACACAAGAUAAAGAACGAAACCAACAAAUAUACGAAUGACUUCAACGUUAAGUAAUAUCUUGAGUCUCCAGUAUAAAACGAGACACCUGAUAGGAUUCAUUUAUUUGUUUUUUCAUGUGAUUUUGUAGUUUCACAGUCUAUUCGCAGUUUCCGGGGCUAUCCGCCUCAAUUUUCAUCCGAGAAGCUGUGUGUGCUUGUUCCUCUGUUUUGCCUGAGCUCAUUUGUAUGAAUGUUCAAUUCUGGUCGGCUGAUAUUUUCAAAGUGAAAGCUUUCAACUAUAAGCGAAAUUCACACGAUGCAUUGUUAAUAAGUUCUUGAUAUAGCACGUUGUUCCUUUUUUACAGAUGCCUCUGUGAACCCUGAGGCGGAUUUAAAGCUUGGUGAGCAGGGUCUUGGUAAGAAAGGCAAUGAAUUCCUUUUUGUGCUUCGUGUGAUUUCAUUGAAGAUGUUAUAGAAGCCUCACAGAAAAUAGCCUUGCGAAUUAUGUUACCUCAUCAUCUGUCAUUAUUAUUAUUAUUAUUAUUAUCAUUAUUAUUAUACUGAAUCAGAAUGUAUUUCCUAAUAGCCAUGGCAAGUGAACAGCGGUCACUCCCGACAACUUCCGCUUCUACACCAGCAGCGAAUAGUCUGGCAUCCAAUCGCUUCGCAGAGAAUGGUUAGUGGGACAGUCAACACAAGAUUAGACUCCUUCCAAAAGAUCCUCAUAGACGCACGUGAUCAUCACACAAGAAGAGCAUUAUAGAAUCGAUCCAGAAUAAUCAGAAACUCACGUCACUUUCUCAAUUAAUCAGGUUCCACAUUAUAACUAACCACGACUUAGUCACUCGCGUUUUCACAUGCUCCAGGCAGCUUGCUUGUUUUUCCUGUAAGUUCUCGGCUCCUUUGUGUUGAGUAAGGUGCCGUUGAAAACGCAAUGGAAAACUGGUAAAUGACCAGCAGCGAGAGACAACGUGAUUGAUUAUGCGGAUAUUGGUUUGAAUUUUGCCUCUGAUUGGUCAAGAAGAGAGCAUAAGUUUUCUAAACCAAUUCAAUGAGGUAAAAUUGAUGCUAUGUGGAUUAAAUCCGACACUAACAGUAUUGUUGCAAGAACAACCUUUCUCAAAAAGUUUCUGCUGCCGCUAAUUUUCCACACUCAUCACGACUCACAAUUGUUUGGCGUAUUCUAUAAUUUGUUUGUUUGUUUUUUUGUAAAUCAAAUUCAAGGUCUAUAUGAGUACAAGUACCAAGACAUAGGAGAAGGUGUCGAUGAGAACAGAAUAGGUGAGCUAAAUCGAAAAAAUAUUAUCUUGCAAUGAACUUUUUUAAACAAGUUCACUGUUUAUCCCUUAAGAAAUUUCGUGAAUAAUUUGCUUUUUAUGAAGGACUGACUAAGUUGCAAUCCUAUUUUUAAUCUACUUUAUCAUGCACUAUUACACAUUACUCUGUUAACGAUUAAUUAGAUAAUGACGUCAGUGAUCAGCUGACCAGGGCAAUCAAGAACGAGGAGGCAGAAAUCAGUCAGAAAUCUUUAAGGAGUCAAGGUACUAAUUUGGAGCUAAUUGCAAUGUAACAUAUAUAUGCGCAUGCAUUUAUAUAGUAUUGUGUCCGACUACGUUCUAACGAAUAACUAAUAAGAUGGCGUCUUGACGGAGAGUGAUUCUCCUUAAAAGGCAAUAUUCUAAAGGGAAGCUCUCUGAAGUUAUUUUUCCAUCACUCCCGAUUUCAGUCAACCCAGAAAUAUUCAGAGAUAACCAAUUUAUUGUUGCAAAUGACGGGCUCACUUUAAACUUUUCCAAUAAUAACAAUACAACAAUAUAACAACGUUUUGAGAUACUAACAAAACUGAAGAUAGGAUUAUUAGCUUUCUUGACUUUUUGGUCAAGUUACAAAGCCAUGUAUCCUCACAAGUCAUAUUGACUCAACAGGCACAUGAUUCAUGAUUUCCUUGAACCGGGAAAUAAGGCGAGAACCUCGUGUCGUACAGUUUACUAUUUGAGUCCCUGCUGUAUUAAGCUAUUUAUUUUACAGAUCCUAAGCCCACCCUUAAAGAGGAACUGUUUGCUGAGAAAGAGGAAGCCUGGAGAGAGAAGAAAUACGAAGAUUCCCUUGCCAGACGGGCUAAGGUGAUGUCUUAAUGAGAACAUAACGUGGCUAUGGUAAGAAACUUUCCAGUGUGAUUUGAUGUGCACUCGCGUGGUGUUAACUGUAUGUCUUAUUUUCAGGAGGUUAAUUGAGAUCACAGCAGGGAUCCUCAGCUUACACAUUUGACGAAGAUUUCCUGCAACAUAGACGGUUGGAGCUCUACUGACCCUCAUUUAUGGAGUCAACCUAUGUAAUUUUAAAUACUAGAGAAGAAUUUCUAUAAGCAGAAAAAUUACACGCUCAUUUAAGUUAAAUUUACAAAUUUGAUUUCUCCUGAAUGAUUCUAAACACGUUGAGUAGAUAACAUAAUCAUAUUUCCUGAUUGUUUCUUUAAAAUGGCGGGAGGCAUGUCACCCGAAAGAAACAAUUGAAAUGUUUCUGCAGUCGCCAUAAUAUUAGAUAGGACGUUGCGUGGACGACUGAAAUUAGUCAGUUGAUGAAUGGGAACCGCUAACAUGCACUGAUUAAUGAGAAAAAACAGUACCCACCCUUUGUAAAUUCAAUUUAAGUGGAAAUAGGUCUCAAAACACUUUCGAGUCAACUUUCACGCAUAGUGUCCAGACUCAGAGAAAAAAAAUAAGAAGCAUAGUCUCCUAAUUAAUGUGAAAUAAGAAUAUGAAGAGAAAAACAAAUACAAUUUAUUUACGAAAGUGUCUCUACUCAUACAAAAUACUAAAAAUAACUGUAGAGGGAAAUAAGAGAAUUUACUUAAGGAUUGAUAACUAGUUUAUAAUAAAUAAACUAUUCAUAUGACCGAUAACAAGAUAUAGUUAAUUUUCCGGAACAUUAAAACAGUAUUGUCUACGUAGGUGUACCAUUGUUUCUAGAUAAAUGCACUCAUUAACAUUGUUCAUCAGUAAAAUUAUUUUCAA